AGAAGUAGUAGAGAAGCCAAUCCGUAGAGUUGAAGAUGCAACCCCACCAAUGCCAAUAGAACCCCAAAGCAAGGUUAGAAAAUGUGAGCUGGCCAUGGGGACAAAGGAAAAUAAAGUGGGUGGCGGAACAAUUAUACUUGAAUGUGGUCCCAACUAUUUAGUAGUUGUUGAUGUUCCUUAUGAUGCAAGUGCACCACUUCCCAUUCCUAUUCCUGGACAAACUACUACUGUUGGGGCUGCAAUUGGUUACCAAGUUUUGUGGCCAGCUCAUUUGGUCAGCAUCCAUACUCCCGUCUUGGCAUCUAAGAAAGGAAAGAAAGAAACAGUAAAUGAAGUUGAAGUGAAAUCCAAAAGUGAAAAACCACAAGAUGUCAAGAAUUUUGAGGCAUUGGUUGGCCUUAUGCUUGCAAGCUCGAGAGCACAACCUAUAGACUUCCCAAAUGAUGUUUUUGGUGAGAGUUUCAAGACCUUCCUGAUGAAAGAAGAUAUGGACAUGAUUAUAUCAUCAAAAGAAGUAUCAUCCAAUUGUAUCUUAUACUACAUCUGGUGA